CAUCUCACACUUCUGUUUAAUCAGUUCUCUGUUUGACAUUUAUUUAGCUGUGUGAAAACUAUAACUUUGUCUCAACCAAAUCGAUUUACUCACAAACAGGAUUUAUGAGAGGCCAUAAGCCCAUUAAAUCAAAUUUUAUUGUCCUGACCCCUUUCUGUCUCUUUAUGUCUGUUGUGAGGUUGGACAUUUCAGCAGGUAGAGUCUAUGGGAGCUUCCUCACUUGGGAGGCAUUUUUCAGCCUUUGUUUGUUCACACUAUUUUCUGCUGCUCAGACUCUUUUUGUGUCUCCCCCUACAGGCCAUGAUCAUUAUGACAGACUACGACCUCUCAGCUACCCCGACACUGACAUCUUCCUCGUCUGUUUCUCUGUAGUAUCACCCUCAACAGUUUAUAGCAUCAGAGAGAAGUGGGUACCAGAGAUUUUAUUCCACUGUCCACGGGUGCCAUUCCUGCUGGUGGGGACUCAGGUGGAUCUGAGAGAUGACAGCGUCACCCUGGAGAAGCUGGCCAAGAACAAACAGCGACCGGUGACCUUUGAGAGCGGAGAGACACUGGCUCAUGAGCUGAAGGCCGUUAAAUACAUGGAGUGUUCAGCUCUGACACAGAAAGGAGUUCAGAAUGUGUUUGAAGAGGCCAUCCGGGUGGUGCUGGAGCCUCUACACAACAAAUCCAGUCGCUGUGUCCUUUUAUAGAUACCACAAGAAGAACAAAUGGAGUAAAGGGCAGAGGAAGAAAAGCUGGACAUCUACGUGGACAUAAAAAAAAGACUUUUAGCCUGGAUUAGAUGAGAGGGAGGAAGGACAGACUCACUUUUAAACAGUGCCGUCACCAUGUUUGUGUGGUGUCGGUAUGAAUGAGCACUUUAUUUUCAUCACUGUAACAUGGCUGAUAUGUCGAACAACACUCCUCACUAACCCGGAAUGGGUGUUUAAUAACCACAGGAAGCAAGUUCAGCAAUACAAGCUGGAAUCUCAGAUGUAUUGAACGUACAAAUGUGAGUCACUCUUGCAAACAAAAUGCACCAUCUUUAAAUAAUAAAAUCUCGUGAAAGUCUGCAGGUUUAGGAACUGAAUAAAAUAACUUAAAUACA